AUGUCGAAAUACGCCGAGAUGGCCAAGGGCAAAUUGUCCUCGGGCCGCGAAAAGGCCUCUGAGUACAAAGGCAAGGCCAAGGGCAAAGUGACAAAGCACAUCCCCGGCCGAGGCCACAAAGAGGAAAACGAAGCUGCCACCCACGUCGCCCGCCCCUUGGCCUCCCUCCGCGAUCCAAACUCCUUUGCUCCUCCGCCCAAGCGCACCGGAUCCGGCCUUGCGCCUCCUCCACCUCCCUCCGCAGCCAAACGAUCCGUCGUCACAGCACCGUCCAAGUAUCAAGAUCCGCAUGGGCCGAGGGUCGAGCCGCCGCCUAGGUUCGCCGACGAGCACCAAUUGGAAGAAUACGAGGCACAGCAGGAGGCCCAGCCGGUGUCAUCCGGACCCUACAGAGUCAACACGACGGGACUCUCAACAGAUCAUCUCCCGCCUCCCCCCGUGAGGAGAGACGCCGCCGCGGGCAGCCGGAGUCCGCCUUCGUAUGAUUCCGUCGUCGGCGCAGCUCCCAGCGAUGCCAAAGCCCCGAGUCUUCCCCCGAGAUUGCCUCCGCGAUCAGGUUCCGGAACGCCGGAUCGAACAGCCAGUCCGCUAGCAACCCUCGGAGUCAGCUCCGGCAGCCUGAACCAGGGAGCCGUCAACAGAUUGGGCGCAGCCGGCAUCUCUGUUCCUGCCUUCGGUAUUGGAGCUCCCAGCCACGCCGAGGACGAAACACCUCCCCCGAAACCUCCUCGACCCAACGCCACCCCGCCAUCACAUCUCAAUGAGCUGCAGAACCGCUUUGCCAGGCUAGGAACUUCAAACACGGGCUCUUCUACGGGACCUCCAACUCCUCCGACUGAGGCUGCUGCUGUUGCUGCUGUUGCUGCCGCUGCUGCGCCUGCCGCCACUACGUGGGCACAAAAGCAAGCUGCCAUUAAGCCGGCAGCGCCAUCCCCAUCACCAACAGGAUCGCCGGGCCUCGCAGGAAAGAAGAAGCCGCCGCCUCCCCCUCCCAAGAAGAAGCCUGGUCUGGUUGCCGCAGCUCCUUCUCCGAGCGACGGGGGCGCACCACCCCCUAUCCCCUUGUCAACUCGUCCAUCGUACUAA